CUGCACAUAACUUUAAUCAUGAAUAUGCAGCUGCUAAACUGCAAGAACUUGAGGAGAAAGAAAAAGUUACGGCUGCUAAUCCUAAUGAAUUGGCGAAACAAGAAGACACAGUGGCUGAAAUAAAAAAUGAUGCGGUUGAUGCAAUUGUUGAAUUGCAGAAAUCCAAGGUGCAAGAAGAGAAUGCAGUUACUAAAUUUGAAAAACGAGAAGAUAAUGUUAGCACAAAACUUCAAGAGCUGGUAAAUCAAGAAGAGAAUGCAAUUUCUGAAUCAGACAAUGAUAUUAUUAUUAAAUUGCGGGAGUAUGAAAACCAAGAUUUUAUUGCUAAAUUACAAAAACUUGAAAAGCAAGAACUACAGCUAAUAAUGCAUAAAACUUUCUACAAUUUAUAUGACUCAAGUGAUUAUUAUAUAAUCGAGACCUUUGCCUUUACGAUCACAUCUGAUGAAGAAAUUGAUGUAUUUAUUGAUCCUAAUUGCAAAAUUGUAACAAUCAAUAUUCCAUUGAGUUACAAAUCAAAUAUAGGAACUUUAAUAAGAAGAAAUUUACCAUUUAAACUCGAAAUCAAAUUUGAUAUGCCAUCAAG